AUCUUGCCGCCUUCAAAACCUAUUGAGCGGGAAGCAAGGCCGCCAAAACCAAAUCAGCAAAUCCCCCAUCCCUAUCCAGCGGCUUCUGGCUCCUCCGCCAGGUCUUGCCGUCCAGCGGCCUCACCGCCCUCGAGAUUUGCUCGGCACGGUCGCCUUGUUUGCCGCCUGCAGCGUUCUCCCACUCGGCUACGGGCUACGCCUGACGCCACCGUUAACGGCGACAUCCGAACGGGCCCCGACACCCAUCUCGCGCUCAGAAAAGGGAUAAGCAGUUGUGAUCCUGUCCUCUUGGUCGGAUGCGGGGUUACUAUGACAUCGAUGACAUCCUCAUGGAGGAUGAGCCUAUUUCAGUUGUUUUCCAAGUAACUGCAAAUGGUGUUGGCCUGCUAGAUCCUGGUGCUGAAAAUAACUGUGUAGAGAAGGGUGCCAAGGUGGACCUUCCAUUUUGGCUUGCGCAUGGGCUGCUGUCUCUGGAACAAGCUGUCUCAAUAAACCCGCCUCCAUGCUUCACACAGAAAACUCGGAAGGAGAUACAAGCUGAUGCGUCCUGUGUGGAUUUGAGGGCUCGUUGCCCAUACUUCUAUGAGCUAGGAUGCAAGAUUGUUCCUUUGGUGAGUGACAAGAGCAUUGGCCUGUUCUUGCGAUAUGCAUUCACCAGUAGGUACAAAGAGGUUCUAAGCAAGUCCCACAGUUCUUCCAUGAUGACAGUGCCCAAGUUUGUUCCACGCCUUACAAAAGAAGAAACUCGAGUGUUUGAAUCUGCCAGAGAAUCGAUGGCUGGUUUCAAGAAAUGGCGAGUAGGUGGGGUGAGACUACAAAAGGCUUCCAUUCUUGGCCGGAAGAGGAAGACAAAGCUGCCUGAUGGACCACCUACUUCUUGAAUGAGUUUUAAAGUCUCCAUGGAAAAGAGUGGUUGAUGGUUGAGGUGAUGUGCGAUGUUUUGAUUUGCUAGCUCUCUGAGCAAAGAGAAAAGUUAAUGGCAAAUCUGGAUGUACUAUAUGAUCUGCUGUACAUUGUGCACUUUUGUAUAGUCGGACGACAGCACUGAUCGGUCCAUCCAUUGCAAGGAAAAUGAACACCCGAACCA